AUGACACCAGAGGAAUACGAAGCGCUCUCGCCCGAUCAGCAAAAGCAGCACGAUGCAGCAGAGCGUGCUCGCGAAGCUGCCGAGCAAGCCGCUCUCCCAUACACCUGGAAGCAGCAGCUCGACAUUGUUGAAAUCUCUGUCCCCGUCCCUCAGGGCACCAAAGGUCGAGACCUCACGAUCGAGCUCAAGAAACGCAAGAUCAAGGUAGCGCUCAAGGGAAAGCAAGCCAUCCUCGAAGGCGAGCUCGCCAAAGACAUCAAGGAAGAAGACAGUACUUGGACCAUCGAAGACGCAAACCUUGUCGAGAUCCAAUUGGAAAAGAUGAACAAGAACGAAUGGUGGCCUAACGUCGUCACGCACCACCCCAAGAUCGAUACCACCAAAAUCGUACCUGAAAACUCCAAGCUGAGCGACUUGGAUCCAGAGACAAGAGCCAUGGUCGAGAAGAUGAUGUUUGAUAACCGUCAGAAGGCCAUGAAUAAGCCCACCUCGGAUCAGAUUCAGCAACAGGAGUUGCUCGCAAAACUGGCAGCCGCCAAUCCCAAUAUUGACUUUUCAAAUACCAAGUUCAACUCGUCUACCCCACAGUGA